ACAUAAUCCAUAUUCAGCUCAAGCAGCUGAAGAAGAACGAUCAAGAACCGAAAAAGAAGAAAACGAAUCUGUUCUUAGCUUUGAUGGGUUCUUGCUUCAGUUCUCGAGUCAAAGCAGACAUCUUCCACAAUGGUAAGAGCAGCGAUCUUUACGGUCUAAGUCUCUCGAGUCGGAAAUCGUCGUCAACUGUAGCGGCGGCUCAGAAGACGGAAGGGGAGAUAUUGAGUUCGACCCCCGUCAAAAGCUUCACCUUUAAUGAACUCAAACUUGCCACAAGAAACUUCAGACCAGAUAGUGUGAUUGGAGAAGGUGGCUUUGGCUGUGUAUUUAAAGGCUGGUUAGAUGAGACCACUCUCACUCCGACUAAACCCGGAACCGGUCUGGUCAUUGCUGUUAAAAAGCUUAACCAAGAAGGUUUUCAAGGUCACCGUGAAUGGCUGACAGAGAUCAAUUACUUGGGGCAAUUGAGUCACCCAAAUCUAGUCAAACUAAUCGGGUAUUGCUUAGAGGAUGAACACCGUCUUCUUGUCUACGAGUUUAUGCAAAAAGGAAGUCUUGAGAAUCAUCUCUUCAGAAGAGGUGCAUAUUUUAAGCCACUCCCAUGGUUUUUACGGAUCCAGGUUGCACUUGAUGCAGCAAAGGGUCUUGCUUUUCUUCACAGCGAUCCCGUCAAAGUGAUAUACCGAGACAUUAAAGCCUCGAACAUCUUACUUGAUGCGGACUACAACGCAAAACUUUCUGACUUUGGACUAGCUAGGGACGGUCCAAUGGGUGAUUUGAGCUAUGUUAGUACAAGGGUCAUGGGUACAUAUGGCUACGCAGCACCUGAGUACAUGUCAUCAGGUCACUUGAAUGCAAGAAGCGAUGUGUACAGUUUCGGAGUAUUGCUUUUAGAGAUUUUAUCAGGUAAGCGAGCGUUGGAUCAUAACAGGCCGGCUAAAGAAGAAAACCUGGUGGAUUGGGCUCGACCGUACCUCACAAGCAAACGCAAGGUUCUCCUAAUCGUGGACAAUCGGCUAGACACACAGUACCUACCUGAAGAAGCCGUGAGAGUGGCCAGCAUUGCGGUGCAGUGUCUCUCAUUCGAACCAAAGUCGCGCCCGACCAUGGACCAAGUGGUCCGUGCCUUGCAACAACUUCAGGACAACUUGGGAAAACCGAGUCAGACCAAUCCGGUUAAGGAGACCAAGAAACUUGGUUUUAAAACUGUGAUCGAAGCUAUGAUGACGACAACAACCAAUACUAUGGCUAUGCUUCAACACCUCGUCUUCUCUGUUCCCAUCUCUCGUAUGGUAGUUCGGCGUCACUCCCUCGCCAUCGCCGCUGCCGCCACAACCGUCGUAUCGUCUCCUAAACCAGCCUCUGCCAAACCGGCGCGUACUCCACACGUGGACUCACAUGUUCUCAUCGGAAUGUCAGAGCCUGAGCUUCAACAGCUCGCUAUCAACCUGGGUCAAGAAGGGUACAGAGGAAAGCAGCUCCAUCAUCUUAUUUACAAGAGAAAGGUUAAUAAAGUUGAAGACUUUAGCAAUUUGCCACAGACGUUUCGUAAAGGACUUGUGGAAGGUGGAUUUAAGGUGGGAAGAUCACCCAUUUACCAAACUGUUACUGCCACUGAUGGUACCAUUAAGCUUCUGUUAAAGCUUGAAGAUAACCUGUUGAUUGAAACUGUUGGUAUACCUGUUCAAGAUGAUGAGAAGGGCAUAACGCGCCUCACUGCUUGUGUCUCUUCCCAGGUUGGAUGUCCGUUGCGUUGCUCGUUUUGUGCCACAGGAAAAGGAGGGUUUUCAAGAAAUCUUCAGCGACAUGAAAUUAUAGAGCAGGUACUGGCUAUUGAGGACGUGUUCAAGCAUAGAGUGACAAAUGUUGUUUUCAUGGGAAUGGGUGAGCCGAUGUUGAACCUAAAGUCAGUACUUGAUGCUCAUCGUUGUUUGAACAAGGACAUUGAAAUUGGGCAACGAAUGAUUACAAUAUCGACAGUAGGUGUUCCGAACACAAUCAAGAAGCUUGCCUCUCAUAAGCUGCAGUCGACCUUAGCUGUCAGCUUACAUGCGCCAAAUCAGAGUCUCAGGGAGAAAAUUGUACCAAGUGCCAAGGCUUAUCCACUGGAAGCAAUUAUGAAGGAUUGUCGUGAUUACUUCCAAGAAACAAAUAGACGAGUCUCCUUCGAAUAUGCCCUUCUAGCUGGAGUCAAUGAUCAAGUUGAGCAUGCGGUGGAACUUGCAGAGCUACUCCGUGAAUGGGGUAAAACUUAUCACGUAAAUUUGAUACCUUACAACCCGAUAGAAGGAUCAGAGUACAAGCGACCUUACAAGAAAGCGGUCCUAGCGUUUGCAGCUGCGUUGGAGUCGCGUAAGAUAACAGCAAGCGUAAGACAAACAAGAGGACUUGAUGCGAGUGCUGCUUGUGGUCAGCUGAGGAAUAAGUUUCAAAAAAGCCCUUUAGUUGCUGAGACGGAUGGUCAAGAGUCUCAGCCAGAUGCAGAAGCUGUCGCGUGUUGAUUUCCUGGAUUGCACAAAUCUCCGGUUUUGCCAUUGGAUCGCUCUGUACAACUUUGUUAUAGGAGACAUGGCUCAAUGACGAAAAGUGAAAAUUGCCGUUAGGGUUGGUUGGUCAGUGUGCAACCGAGGAUGAAGAGAUUGAAGCACGUUUGAGAGUGAGUACUUUGAGGAUAGCUUUAUAGGUUUGGCCUAUACUUGUGUGAUGAUAUACUUUGGUUUAUGACUAUGACAAGGGAACUAACUUAAACUGUUGUUAUUCAGUGAAUGAUAUUAACAGAUAUCAAAUCUAUAAAUUUCAAUAGUUUUC